UCUCUCUAUAUAACUGUAAAAGAGUUACUCAUUGCCAUGUCUGUGAAGAGAAAGUGAACUGACUGAGCUUUCUAUUGUUGGAAAUGGAGAUGGGAAGGAAGCUGGUGUUGGCGUUUUUGAUGGUUGCAGUACUGCUUGAGGGGUCGAGGGCUGCUGUGAAAUUGUGUGACAUGGAUGAUGAUGGUCUUUCAGCGUGCAAGCCAUCGGUGACUCAGCCCGACCCUGUUGACCCAACGCCUGGCUGUUGUCAGGCUCUUUCUGGGGCUGACUUGAAGUGCCUUUGUUCCUAUAAGAACUCGAUGGUGCUGCCUGCUCUUGGCAUCGACCCUGCUCUUGCCAUGGCUCUACCUGCCAAGUGCAGCCUCACCCCUCCUGCCGACUGCUAAGGUU